CACCACGACUAGCAAAAAUGUCGGAAUACUGGAAAUCGACACCAAAAUACUGGUGCAAGCACUGCUCAGUCUACGUGCGCGACACAAAACUCGAGCGAGCGAAUCACGAAGCUACGGGGAAGCACCAGGGCGCCUUGAAGCGAUCACUACGAGACAUCCACCGCAACCACGAAAGAGAAGAGCGCGAGAAGGAGAGGGCCCGACGGGAGAUUGACAGACUCAAUGGCGUUGUUGGAUCAUCGUCGGGCGAUCCCUCGGGAUCAAGAGCGCCAGCGAAAGAGGCGACAGAUUCUCAGUUAAAGUCCCAGCGGGAGCAGCUGGCUGCCUUGGGAGUGUCCAUGCCAAGCGACUUCCGACCAGAGAUGGCCAUGCCUGGAGAAUGGACAGUUACGAAGACGACUGUUGUAGAAGAAAAACAAGAGGCGGACGGCGACGUCAAGAUUGAGGCCAAAGCAACAGGAGUGAGGAAGCGCGAAGAGACAGAAGAUCAGAAAGAAGAGGAGGAAGCGAUGCGAAGUCUUUUCAAGAAGCCGAGGAGAUGGGGCCGCGACUCCAAGACAAUGCCAGAUGAUGAAGACGAAGACUUGGAUGCGCUGCUAAGUACGACAGUGCCGCUGAAAGCCGAACCAGCUGAGCAAGGGGACGCAGUGAAGAAGGAAGAGGAUGUCGAUGACGGUGGUGCUGCUGACACAAAGCUACCGAAAGAGGAAGAUAUCCCAGUCAAGGCUGACCCCGAUGCCGAGGCGCAAGACCUGAAGCAAGCCGUCAAGCAAGAAGCGCUUGUAAAAGCCGAGGAAGAAGAAGAGUCGAGUGGCAUAACUCCGGUGGUGUUCAAGAAACGAAAACCCAAGGGCAUCCGAACGAAGUAGGCGAACUUGAAAGUUCAGCUACGGCUGAGCAGCAAUGAAUAUACCAUGCUACAGCUGAUUCAGCAAUUCCAAAGCGCAACACUAUACCAUGCUAUUCUUGUCAAAUCUUUCCAUUUUAAGGAUCGGAUAGCAAGAAAUGAUAUUUCAGCGCUGGUCGAUAUGCCAGCUGAUUAAUUGCAACGGCUAGAAUAACGCCGUGGAUAGAAUCCAAGAGGCUAUCCAGCUCCACUGCCGCGGGCUGACGUGCCGAGAUGGGUAGGAUCUGGGCCUGGAUCUAGACUAGGUAGAACAACUCUCCCAUCCUCGGAAUUCGGAUUUAGAAAGCGUGGGGUGAAUUGCGAUUUUCUGUUGACGAGCCCGGAUUUACUCGAGAGUUGGCCGGGACACGAGGCAGAGUCGAGCAGUUUCAGAGGCAAUAUAGGAUAUUUUAGGAUUGCUGGAAAUGCGCAUGUCUAAGCAGUAGUCAUGUCGCUAACCCAGUGCUAGCCCGUC